GGCGAGCACUGAGAGGGAAAGCUUUCUACAAUGUCCAUGGAAAAGUUUAUUGUGAAGAAGAUUACCUAUAUUCUGGGUUUCAACAAACAGCAGAGAAAUGUGGUGUUUGUGGUCAUCUGAUUAUGGACAUGAUACUGCAAGCUAUGGGAAAAUCUUAUCAUCCAGGAUGCUUUAGAUGUUGCAUUUGUAAUGAAUGCCUGGAUGGCGUACCUUUUACAAUAGAUAUGAAGAAUAAAAUAUACUGUGUUCACGAUUACCACAAAAUGUUUGCUCCUAAAUGUGCUGCUUGUGGACAAGCCAUUACUCCUGUUGAGGGCACUGAUGAAACUGUGCGAGUUGUAUCUAUGGAUAGAGAUUUUCAUGUUGAUUGCUAUGUUUGUGAA